AUGGCUUCCGGUGCUUUGAUGAAACCUCAGAUGCAUGGCCUUCUGGUCAAACAUCUGAGGUUUCAUAUUGUUGGAGCAUUCAUUGUAUCCCUGGGGGUUGCAGCUUUCUAUAAAUUUGUUGUGGCUGAACCAAGAAAAAAGACAUAUGCAGAUUCCUACAGAAAUUAUGAUUCCAUGAAAGAUUUUGAGGAGAUGAGGAAGGCUGGUAUCUUUCAGAGUGCAAAGUGA